GCAGGAUCAGAAAGGCAAAGUAAAACGCAAUCGUCGGGAUUACGAUUGAAAGAAGCCACUAAGAUAAAUCUGUCACUUUCGGUACUUGGUAAUGUUAUAAGUGCCCUUGUGGAUGGCAAAAGUACUCACAUUCCUUAUCGUAAUUCGAAAUUGACUCGUUUGCUGCAAGACUCACUUGGCGGCAACAGUAAAACAGUCAUGUGUGCAAGCGUUAGCCCAGCCGAUUCAAACUACGUUGAGACUAUUUCAACUCUACGCUACGCAUGUCGCGCCAAGAGUAUCCAGAACUUGGCCCACAUCAAUGAGGAACCGAAGGAUGCUCUUUUGCGUCGCUUCCAGGAGGAAAUAAUGGAAUUGAAGCGUCAACUCGAGGAGGGAGUGUUCAUCAAUGGAAUGGGAACUGAUGAAGACGAGGAGGAAGAGGACGAUGACGAUGAUAUUGAAUCCGACGAGGAUAAAGAACAGGAACGAAUGGAGAAGAAGGAAAAACAUCGUAAAGAAAAGGCAAAAGAACGCAAGGAAAAGGCAGAUGCCGAAAAAGAGCUACUGGAGAAGAAAGCAAUGGAGAACGAGGAAGAAAUUUGUCGGGCUAAGUCCGAGCAAGACCAGCUGCGCGCCAAGCUCUCUUCUCUGGAAAAUAAGAUUUUGGUUGGCGGUGAAAAUCUAUUGGAGAAAGCUCAAGCCCAGGAAGUUCUGCUGGAAAAGUCGAUUGAUGAGCUAGAGAGACGAACAAAAACAGAGCGUGAGCUCAAAGAAAAUCUGCAGAAAAUUGAAGCUGAACGCAUUGACAUUGAAGAACGCUACAGUUCGCUGCAGGAAGAAUGUGUCGGAAAAACCAAAAAGCUGCAGCGAGUAAUGUCUAUGCUAAUGAGCAUAAAAUCCGAACUAGCCGACCAACAGCAGGAGCAGCAACGUGAAAAAGAAGGAAUAUAUGAAAAUAUUCGAAGUCUAUCUCGCGAACUAGCACUGUGUGAGCUAGUUAUCAACUCUUACAUUCCCAAAGAAUAUCAGAAUAUGAUUGAAAAAUUCACCCACUGGAACGAGGACAUCGGAGAAUGGCAGUUGAAAUGCGUUGCCUACACAGGCAACAAUAUGCGUAAAAAUGUCGCCGAACCUAAAGUUAAUACGAAAGAAACGGAUUUGAUAGAUUUAUCGCACGUGUACUUGAGCUAUAAUACUGAUUCGGUCACGGAACCUAUUCGAGCCAAAACUGCACGGCCUCGUACUUCGGGGAUAGCGAGGCCAACCACGGCUCGAAAAUAUUAUUAGAAUCAAAUGCAUCAUUCUCUAGAAACGCACAGUUGCAAGGUCCAAAGUAUUGGCUCAUGUUAGAUUCUUAUAUUGAUCAAGUGCACAUUUGUUGUGAAUUUGCCGUUGAUUCUGUGUCGCUACUAAACUUUACAUUUUAAGUUAACAAAGAUAUUAUUUCUUGUGCAAUUUUUCCUAGUCUACGUAGAAAAAAUAUUACUUACUUAUUGCAAAGUUUUUUGUUUCAUAUAUUAUUCUUUAAGUUUUGUUUUCGGUACAGAUUUGAAAAGUUUACACAUAAUUUGUAUUUUUGUGCACAUUGCGUUCAACGGUACAACGGAAAAAAAGAUGGCUGAUUUCAUCACAAACACACUUAGUUUUUUUUUACAAUAUUCCCUAGUCACAACACAAAGAAAAAAAAAUAUCUCCACACCGCAUCCACUAAUGGGCAGAUUAACUUUGUCUAGUUUUGUGCAGGCAUUUGGCUUACGAACUCAAAUACUCGAUAGUGAACAAAAUCUUUAUGCUUACAAUAAAAAUAAUCAUUGGAAAAUGA